UAGUUUCCCCAGUUCUGACACAGAGUCUGACAGUAGGGCUGCAGGUGCCAUUAAUACCAGUAACAGCCCAGGCCAACAGAAUGUUGACAGCAACAAUAAACAUUGUUUAGAAGUCUCAGGCAGUCGACAUUGCGAUGACAAACAACCCAAGAGACAAAGGGCUGAAGUCAUGAAACCUAUGUGGGAGGAGAUGCCAGACCUGUAUGGCUUGCGGAGAUCUGCCAGGUCCAAACAUUGUUUGGAAGUCUCAAGCAGAGGAUCUCACAAUGACAAAUUACCCAAGAGACAAAGGAUCAAAGACAUGAUAUCUAUGUGGGAGGAGAUGCCAGACCUGUAUGGCUUGCGGAGAUCAGCAAGGUCUAGGGCAGAACCCGAAAGUUACAAUGUCAACAGUAAGUCAGAUUCCCAAAAUUCAAGUAACAGCCCAGGCCAACAAAAUGUUGACAGGAACGGUAAACAUUGUUUAGAAGUGUCAAGCAGAGGCUCUCACGAUGACAAAUUACCCAAGAGACAAAGGAUCGAAGACAUAAAAUCUAUGUGGGAGGAGAUGCCAGACCUGUAUGGCUUGCGGAGAUCUGCAAGAUCAAGGGCAGAACCAGAAAGUAGCAAGGUCAACAGUAAGUCAGAUUCCCAAAAUUCAAGUAACACCCCAGGCCAACAAAAUGUUGACAGCAACGAUCAACAUUGUGUAGAAGUCUCAAGCAGUGGAUUUCAUAAUGACAAACGACCCGAGAGACGAAACGUCAAAGACAUAAAAUCUAUGUGGGAGGAGAUGCCAGACCUGUAUGGCUUGCGAAGAUCUGCAAGAUCAAGGGCAGAACCAGAGAGUAACAAGGUCAACAAUAAGUCAGUUAGUGACAGCAAUGAACAUAUUUUAGUACGGCAAAGCAAUGAACCUAUCUUAAGUAGCAGUUAUUCCAGUAACACACCAGACAAACAGAGUACUGACAGCAAUGAUGAACCCAUCUUAUUGGUCCAAAGCAAUGAACCUAUCUUAAGUAGCAGUUAUUCCAGUAACACACCAGACGAGCAGAGUACUGACAGCAAUGAUGAACCCAUCUUAUUGGUCCAAAGCAAUGAACCUAUCUUAAGUAGAAGCUAUUCCAGUAACACACCAGACAAACAGAGUGCUGACAGCAAUGAUGAACCCAUCUUAUUGGUCCAAAGCAAUGAACCUAUCUUAAGUAGCAGUUAUUCCAGUAACACACCAGACAAACAGAGUACUGACAGCAAUGAUGAACCCAUCUUAUUGGUCCAAAGCAAUGAACCUAUCUUAAGUAGCAGUUAUUCCAGUAACACACCAGACAAACAGAGUGCUGACAGCAAUGAUGAACCCAUCUUAUUUGUCCAAAGCAAUGAACCCAUCUUAUUGUAUACAUUUAUGUGA